CUCUCUCCCCAAGGAUUCGUUGAGCGGGUGCCAGUGAUACGUGACGGUAUUUAGUUACUCGGCUCCAUAACUGCGUGUCAGAUGGAGGCUGAUGCACGUGUGUCUUCAUUGCCAGGGGGACAGGUGAGGUAGAGGUGGAUCCAACCAGCACCUCCUAUAUUGCAGACAGGACAGCGUGUAGCGAACAGCGACAGGACUUGAUCUCUUCACUCUCACUUCUGUCUGACAACUCUACUCUGCCUGUCCCGGCCCGCGUGCACACGCCCUUAUCAGAUGCACCUCGCGCCUCCAUCACGUUGAGGUAAAGUAGUGAGAGUGUGUGUGUGACUGACUGACUGGCUGACUAACGGUGUGAGAAAUGAAUGGCUACGGAUCGCCCUACCUGUACAUGGGGGGCCCAGUGACCCAAGCCCGAGCGCCGCUCCAGAGGACCCCCAAGUGCGCGCGGUGCCGGAACCACGGCGUCCUGUCCUGGCUAAAGGGCCACAAGCGAUACUGCCGCUUCAAGGACUGCACCUGUGAGAAAUGCAUCCUGAUCAUCGAGAGGCAGCGGGUCAUGGCGGCGCAGGUGGCGCUCCGCAGACAGCAGGCCAACGAGAGUCUGGAGAGCCUGAUCCCGGAGUCUCUGAGAGCUCUGCCCGGAAUCACGGUGCCUGGACCCGGCGAGGGGAACCAGGGCCUGCAGCCCCGUUCUGGAGGAAUGGACCUCCUAUGGACCUCGAAACAGACUGCCAACAUGCAGGACCUGAGUGAGGAUACGUCGGGGGACCACUCCGGUGGGGAGAAUGGUGGUGGUAGCGGCAGUGAGAAGGACCAGGACCCUAGCAGCUCCCCCGAGGGCUCCAAGCCUUCCUGCUUCACCCCUGAGCCCCCGGGCACCCCAAACCAGGCCGAAGAGUGUCGCUACAGCUUCCCCCAUCCCCUUCCCAGCCUCCCUCUCCCCCUAGCCUUCCCCAAGACCUGCAGCACCUCUCCAGAGCCCAAGGUAGACAGCCCCACUAAGGGUUACCCCGGUGUUGGGGCAGGGGGGCUGCCAGUGGACCACAGCCUGGUGAUUGAGGGCCUGUCUGGGUCUGUCUCCCUUCCUUUCAACCUGCGAGCCAACCGGCCACCCCUGGAGGUGCUGAAGAAGAUCUUCCCAUCCCACAAGCCCCCGGUGCUGGAGCUGAUCCUGCAGGGGUGUGGAGGGGACCUGGUGGGGGCCAUUGAGGUGCUUCUGUCCAGCCAGGCCCAGGAGGCCAGGGGGGGUCACCCCCACCCCGACACCCUGGUCCUUCCCUCCAAUGGCCACCUCCUCGAUCACCCCCUGGGGUCCUACCACCCUCUGGCCUCCGCCGCUAAGUGGUCUGUGGGCUCUGCUUUCAGGGUGCCUGAGUCUCUGCGCUUCUCGUCUGACUCGUCGUCCGGCCCCCUGGCCCUACACCCCGGGUCUUUCCCCCAUCCCCCCCGCUACCCCUUGAUGCUGAGGAACUCUCUGACACGUGGCGGCCAGGUCGGACCCUUCUGCAACGACGUGACGCUGUGGAACACCAUGACACUGCAGCAGCAGUACCAACUCAGGUCAGCUCAGUACGUCUCUCCUUUCUCCUCCACUGGCGUCUUCCAACGCUCUCCGCUCCUCUCCUCUUCCUCCUCCUCCUCUCCGCUCCUCUCCUCCUCCCGCCCCCAGGAAGAGCACCGUCUCUCCCAGCUGGAGGAGGGCUGCCACCCUGCCCCCAUCCCCCCCACCCCCGGGGCCAAACAGACCCUCUACACCCAUGAGGAGGAGUACGAGGACCGCUCCGACUCCUCCGACUCACGAAUUCUCAACUCCUCCACCUGAACCUCCUGAACCACCCAAACCUAUGGGUUAUAUCUCUAUACCUGCACCAAUGAAACAAUGAACCUGUGGGUUAUAUCUCUAUACCUGAACCAAUGAAACAAUGAACCUGUGGGUUAUAUCUCUAUACCUGAACCAAUGAACCUGUGGGUUAUAUCUCUAUACCUGAACCAAUGAAACAAUGAACCUGUGGGUUAUAUCUCUAUACCUGAACCAAUGAACCAGUGGGUUAUACCUCUAUACCUGAACCAAUGAAACAAUGAACCUGUGGGUUAUAUCACUAUACCUGAACCAAUGAAACAAUGAACCUGUGGGUUGUAUCUCUAUACCUGAACCAAUGAAACAAUGAACCUGUGGGUUAUAUCUCUAUACCUGAAACAAUGAACCAUGCCGCACUGGUUACUUAAGCACCAAAAAUGUAUUGUGAACGAAUCUUUAAUGUGAAUAAUGCAAGAGUGGGUAUCAAGACAGGUUGUUGUCUUGAACUGAACUUUGUUACCCAGCCAUCGGCCCCCCUACAGGUAAUGUAGCUGAAUGUUAGGUCGUAACAUUAUCUCUCUGCAGGUAAUGUAGCUGAAUGUUAGGUCGUAACAUCUCUCUGCAGGUAAUGUAGCUGAAUGUUAGGUCGUAACAUUAUCUCUCUACAGGUAAUGUAGCUGAAUGUUAGGUCAUAACAUUAUCUCUCUGCAGGUAAUGUAGCUGAAUGUUAGGUCAUAACAUGAUCUCUCUACAGGUAAUGUAGCUGAAUGUUAGGUCGUAACAUUAUCUCUCUGCAGGUAAUGUAGCUGAAUACUAGAUCGUAACAUUAUCACAUGGAUAUGACCAAAAAUAAUGAAUUUAAAAUAAUGGGAUAGAUCACAUAGAUCACGUGUUUGUGAACGUUCAUCUCUUUCCAGACAGUAUGCAUGUGAAUAAUAUGUCCUUGUUAAGAUCUGAUGCAUGUCAAGAUUAUUAAUAAACAUAGGUGAUAAUAGCAAAAUAUUGUGUCCUCGUUAUUUCCAAAAUGAUAAUAUACAUGGGUGCAAAUUGGUUGCUAUACUAAAUGAAUGGUAUACUAUAAUGUAGUUUAAUGUAGAAUAACCCACAAGAGUAGGGAUCAUCAACUAAAUUCA